CCCCCCCGCUCCUACCCCAUCGCUCCCUGGAAGUCCCGCCUCCGAGCUCCGCUUCACGGCGUCCAUGUUCCCCCCCGACGCGUGAUGGGCCCCCUCGUUUCUAGGUCUCCCCCGACCGCUCCCUCCCCCUCGCCGCCGUCGUCGUCGGCGACGGCGACGGCCGCGGCGUCGGGGCAGCAGCGCCGGGCGCCGGGCCGCCACUUCCUUGCCCGGGCGCCGGCCACGGCCCACGCCUCGGCCCAGCUCCACAGCAUCUACCACGAUCUGCCGGUCUCGGCCCAAGGGGCUCCCUGGUGGGUGCACGAGGCCCGGCACUACACCGUGACCACCAUCACCCCGGAUGCGCGGUUCUACCACACGGAGGCCAUCUCCCAGAUCGCCGACCGCAUGUACUUCCGGGCCUCCACCAAGAUGACCGCGCAGCUGUUCUUCCAUCGGGCCUUCCUCCCCCACCCGGACACGGCCCGCCUGCUGGACCCCUUCCCCGCCGGUGUCCUGUCCAUGGCCUGCCUGCAGCUGGCCGCCAAGAUCCUGGACGAGCCGCGCCCGGCGCCCGGCUCCUCGGAUCUCAUCUCCCUCUACCUGUCGAGCAUGUGCUUUUCCCUGCUGCCCCCGGCUCUGGGGGCCGUCACCCCCGGCGGCGUCCGGCUCCCCUAUGUGCCGCCAUCGCACCAGGACUUCCGCCUGGCGGUCUUCGCCGCCGAGCGCGCCCUCGUCCAGGCCAUCCUCCUGUACGACUUCGAGGCGCCGGUGCUGCCGCUAUCCGUGCUGCCGCAGAUGCUGGGCUCCCUGCUGGCCCUGCUGCCGGCCGAGUGGCCCGCCGGCUCGUCGGCCCUGACCGAGCAGCAGCGCCACCACGCCCUGCUGGACCUCAUCCAGCCGGUGUUGCACUUUCUCUUCCGCACGGCCCUGUGCGUGCAGUUCAGCGCCGGCCAGCUGGCCCUCGCGGCCGCCGAGCUGGCCCUCGCCCAUGCCGGCCUCUUGACCGGGGCCCUGUUUGCCGCCCUGCCGGCCGAUCCCUCUCGCUUGCAGGUGGCCACCAGCAUGCUCCCCUUCGCCGAGUCCCCCGGCCAUGGGCUGGACCUCCCGCGGGUGCAUGCCCUCCUGGCCGGGCUCUACUCCGCCGCCGGUGCGGCCACCAUCCUCACCCCCUGCCCUUCGGCCACCUCUUCCCUGGCUGCCGGCGCCGGUGCCGGUGCCGGCUCCACCGCCAGCGCCUCUCCCCUCGACAUGGCCAAGCCUCCGCCCCCGGCGGCGGCCGCUGUCAAUCGCAAUGUGGCCCCGGUCUCCCCGCCGGCAUCCUCGCCCUCGGUGGCCCUGGCCGCGACGGCGUCCAUGUCCGCGAGUGCCGCCGCCCCGCUGCUUCUGGCUCAGCAGCAGCAGCAGCCGCAGCCGCAGUCGCAGCAGCCAUCCGCCACCAGCACCGGGCUUUCUCUGCUUGUGCACCCGUCGUCAUCGUCGUCAUCGCAUGUGGGCCCGGCUGCGGCUGCCGCUGCUGCUGCCGCCGCCGCCGCCGCCGCCGGCAGCAACACCGCCACCUCCUCGUCACAUCGCCAUUCCUUUCAUCACCAUGGCGGAGCUGCAGCUUGCUCUGGCACUCCUGCUGUCACCUCGCCUGGCAUGGCUCUGGCCGCCGCCGCCGCUGCCGCCGCCGCUACUUCUGCCGCUGCCGCUGCCGGGUCGCCGGCUGGCGGGCCUCCCUCUCGCCAUGCCACCGCCAUCGGCAAUGGCCAUCUCCUCCCGCAUCAGCAGCGCCAGUACCUUCACCAGCGCCAGCAGGCUGCCGCCGUGGCCAUGCACUUCCAGCAGCAGCAGCAGCAGCAGCAGCAGCAGCAGCAACAACAACAGGCCGUCGCCGCGGCCACCAGUCAGCGGCGAUCUCCCCCGGCCUCCUCGACCGUGACAGCCGCCACUGGCGGCCGGGUACUGGCAACCGCCACGCGGUCGCCCUCGCCCCCGAUGGCGGCCGCCAUGAUGGCGGUCGGCACUGCCGGGGCGGCGUCCGAGCGCAUGGACUUCUCGAGCCCCAUCUCGGCCGGUGGCGGCGUGGCCACCACCACCACCACCACCACGGCUGCGCACCCGUACCAGCAAGCGGCCGCGCAGUUUUAUCACCAACACACCCAAGCCCUGGCCCAGCAUCACCUCUACCAGCAGCAAGUCCAGCAGCAGCAGCAGCAGCAACAGCAGCAGCAGCAGCAGGCUCAGCUUCUGUACCAGCAGCAGGUCCACGCGGCCCAGGCCGUCCAGGCCGCCCAGCACCACCGGCGGCAGGCUGCCUCCCGAUCCCUCGUCCCCGGGGGGUACCACCAUCACCAGUCGCAGCCGCAGCAGCCGCAGCAGCAGCACCACCACCAGCCGCAGCAGCAGCCGCAGCCGCAGCCGCAGCCGCAGCAGUCGCUCGCCGCCGCCCCCUCUGGCAUGUCCUCCGUUUCGGCCUCGUCGCACUUCGUACCCGGCGGCGCUCCCUCGACCAUGUCAGGUUCGGAGGACCCCCAUCGGCAGUGUGUGGCCGGGGGCCGUCGGUCUGGCGAGGGGAGCUUCCCCUCCCUCCUCCCGGCCCAGGGUUCCGAGCGGGCGGUCCACGCAGCAAGGCCGCCACCGUAG